CUAGAAAUCGCCCGAGUCGAGUUAAUUCGUUCCUCACCCAGCUCUAUCUCGCCGCGUGACUCGUCCCUUCCUCCGCGAAAACGCUUCGUUCCAUUCGUAGCUCAAAUUUUGUGCCUUGCCACCUGAAAAUGUGUCCUAACAACUUUGCUUCAGUUUUACCUCUUUUUUCUUCUAUCUGAAAAUCGAGCAAGACUCCGUUUACAACAUUCCCCUCUUCUCUCAAAACUUCUUGACUCGCUACCAGCACAAGAACGUUCUAAGCCUCAUUAGAUUGAGGCUGUGGAGAUUUUACGGUUUGUGGAACUGAUAAAGUUUGAAGCUUUCUUGGAGUUUGAGUAUGGUUUAACAAUGGCUCCACCUGGAUCAAUGGGAGUAGUAGACCCUGGAUGGGAACACGGUGUUGCACAAGACGAGCGGAAGAAGAAGGUGAAAUGCAAUUACUGUGGGAAGAUUGUUAGCGGAGGAAUAUACAGAUUGAAGCAACACUUGGCUCGUGUAUCAGGUGAAGUGACGUAUUGCGAUAAGUCUCCAGAGGAAGUAUGCCUGAGGAUGAAAGAGAAUCUGGAACGGAGUCGUUCCACCAGAAAUCUGAGGCACCCUGAGGAUAAAAGCAGGCAGUCUUGUUCCAGUUUCCGUCAAUCCAACAAUGGCGAUGAGGAGGACGAGGAGGAGGAAGAGCAGCGAUGCUGGUCUAGAAGGAGCAAAGGAAAACAAUCCGUGAGUGAUGGGAGUCUUCUCAGGUCUUCAGGAUAUGUUGAUCCUGGAUGGGAACAUGGUGUUGCUCAGGACGAGAGGAAAAAGAAAGUGAAAUGCAAUUACUGUAACAAGAUUGUGAGUGGCGGUAUUAACCGUUUUAAACAGCACCUCGCAAGAAUACCUGGAGAGGUAGCUCCGUGUAAAACUGCUCCAGAGGAGGUUUAUGUGAAGAUUAAAGAGAAUAUGAAAUGGCAUCGAGCUGGGAAAAGACAGAACAUACCUGAUGACGACAUGGGAGCUUUGAGUUUCAGAACUGUCUCUCAGGAUCCCGAGCAAGAAGAAGAUGGAGUGGAGCUUGACUUUUAUCCAGUUAGCCAAGAUAGGUUGAUGCUGGGAAAUGGAAGGUUUAGUAAAGACGAAAGAAAAAGCUUUGAUUCAAUGAACGCUAGACCAAAGAGAGCGAGGGUGAUCCCGUUUCAGUCACCGUCUUCUUGCAAACAGAGAAAAAUAUACACUAGUUGUUCAAACAGAGCUGUUUCCAGAAAAGAAGUCACUUCCUCCAUUUCCAAAUUCUUCCACCACGUCGGGAUUCCCACGGAAGCAGCAAAUUCUCUGUACUUUCAAAAGAUGAUUGAAUUGAUUGGUCUGUACGGAGAAGGAUUUGUUGUGCCCUCGAGCCAGCUGUUUUCUGGUAGGCUCUUACAGGACGAGAUAUCGACUAUCAAAAGCUACUUGAGGGAGUACAGAUCAUCUUGGAUGGUUACGGGUUGUUCUAUACUGGCAGACACUUGGACCAACACAGAAGGCAAGACGAUGAUCAGUUUCUUGGUCUCGUGCCCACGCGGUGUCUACUUUCACUCCUCUAUUGAUGCGACUGAUGUAACAGAAGAUGCUUUAAGCCUUUUCAAGUACCUAGACAAACUAGUUGAAGACAUUGGUGAGGAAAAUGUGGUGCAGGUUAUUACACAUAACACGGCUAUCUGUAGAAGUGCUGGAAAAUUACUUGAAGAAAAAAGAAAGAAUCUUUACUGGUCUCCCUGCGCAAUGCAUUCCACAGAACUGGUUCUUGAAGACAUCUCAAAGCUUGAAUUCGUCUCCGAGUGCUUGGAGAAGAGCCAAAGAAUCACCAGGUUCAUCUACAAUCAAACUUGGCUGCUCAAUCUCAUGAAGAACGAAUUCACACAAGGGAUGGAUCUUCUUAGACCGGAAGUGACCCGCCACGCUUCAAGUUUCACCACUCUUCAGAGUCUUAUGGACCACAAGGCCAAUCUCAGAGGGCUGUUUCAAUCCAACGGCUGGAUUUUGUCACAGACCGCAGCCAAGUCUGAAGAAGGAAGAGAAGUGGAGAAGAUGGUGUCGAGCGCUGCGUUUUGGAAGAAGGUUCAGUACGUUUUGAAGUCGGUUGAUCCGGUAAUGCAGGUGAUUCGCAUGAUCGACGAUGGUGGCGAGAGACUAUCUUUGCCAUAUGCUUAUGGUUACAUGUGCCGUGCCAAAAUGGCGAUAAAGUCUAUACAUAGCGAUGAUGCAAGGAAAUACGGACCGUUCUGGCGUGUGAUUGAUUACCAUUGGAACUCAUUGUUUCACCAUCCUCUCUACGUAGCUGCAUACUUCUUUAACCCGGCUUAUAGAUAUCGUCCUGAUUUUAUGGCGCAUUCUGAGGUUGUACGCGGAGUUAACGAGUGUAUUGUUCGGCUUGAGCCUGAUAAUAUGAGAAGAAUCACAGCAUUGAUGCAGAUUCCGGAUUAUACUUCAGCGAAAGCGGAUUUUGGAACGGAUAUAGCCAUAGGGACAAGAACAGAGCUUGAUCCAGCUGCAUGGUGGCAACAGCAUGGGAUAAGUUGUUUGGAACUCCAGCGAGUAGCGGUUCGGAUACUGAGCCACACUUGCUCCUCUGUUGGGUGUGAGCCUAAGUGGAGUGUGUACGACCAAGUCAACGGUCAAUGCCAGAGUCGUUUUGGGAGAAAGUCAACGAAAGAUCUCACUUACGUUCACUACAACUUACGGCUCAGAGAGAAACAGCUGAAACGGCGGCUACAUGAUGAUGGACCACCACCACCGACGCUUAACUACGCCUUGCUUGAUCGGUUGCUCCCGGACUGGCUCGUGAGCUCCGAGAAGGAUGAGGAGGAGACUUUGGUAGGCGAAGACGGACCAGAGAACGAAGACAAUGACGACGAUGAUGAUGAAGAAGACGAGGAGGGAGAGAAUUGUUACAUUGAUUCUGUUAACGUUGACGGUGAAGACAAUCUUGAUGUUUACGAUGAUGAUGAUCUUAGCGACGACGAUUAAUGUUUUGCUACGACCAUAAAAGCUCCUAACAAGUAGCAAACAUUGUGUAUUUUUGAAUUUGACCAUUUUAUAUAAUUGAAUUGUUAGUUGGUAGAUUGUGAAAGAAAGCUGAAAUGAUUUAUGAUGGUAGUAAGCCAAUAAGUAAAAAUGAGAUUUUUUUUUU